CCCAAAUGUUUGGUCUUAAGUGACCCACGUGCUCGCCUUCUCCUCUCACAAAGAGAUCUGCCAAUCUCUUUUACCCCACUCGCUAACAAAGAAACCCUGAGCUUUAGCUUUACCCAUUGGACAAUCCCCCACCUCUUCCUCUUCAUACGCAACCAUCUAUCCCUCUCUCCUUCCUCUGUAUCUCCUUUCACCCCUUCUCUUCCCUCACCCGCUCCCCUGUCAAGUUUCACUUGCCAUCUCUCUUGCACAAUUUUUUUGGGUGCUCUUCUCCUCAGCCAUAGAAUCCCAGGUCACGCUCUUCCUGUCCUGCUGUCGAAGAAGAACGAGAAGAGGAAUCAUAGGUCUCAAUCUCUCACUCUGUCCUACUGUUGGAGAAUGAAAAAAAAAGGAGAAUCAUUGGAAAAGAGAAAGAAGAUGAAGAGUCAUUUGUUAUCAUUCUGUUUCUAGCCCGGUGAGUUACGCAACAGUGAUGCAAUCUCCGACAAAGGGAGAUCACUCUGUGGGAUUGGGUCGAUCGGCCAUUGACGGCAGAGAAGGGUGACAUAGCACCAGAAGCAGGGAGAAGAUAUAUCCCAACCAUACAAGAGCUCCACGCUUACACGAGAUGACUUCCCUUCUACUCUCCUCUCUCAACUUUACCAGAAUUAUUGGGUCUCUCUCAUCGCAAUCUUAGUUGCUUUGUACAGUACCCCAUUUCCCUUUGGUUGCGCC